UGUUACACCUGCGUUACACUACAGGGCUGUACUCCUCCCCCGCCGGUGCACCUGCUCUUUUCUCCUGACAUGACGGAAGGCUUCACUGCCGUCGAUUUAACAUGCUCGACCCCACCGAAGACGGCUUCUAACGGCCGCGGGAUGGACUUUGAGCAGCCCAUUUUCUCCGUGUUGACCGGGGGUUUGAGGGCGCAGCAGGCGGGGGGCACCACCGCGGUGACCGUCGGAACCACCUCCGACACCGAGUCCGGGAUCUUCUCCGCGGAGUCCGAGCUCUGUGUGGAGCACGACAGCGAGCUGGACUGGUUCUGCGGGACCGAUCAGAAGCCCGUGUGUUCUGAGUGCGCCAGCUCGGGCGCGUGCCGCGGGCACGCGGUGACCCCUCUGGCCACCAGGGUGACUGCUGUGAGGAACCAGCUGGUGGACGUGUGUGAAAAAAUGCAGCUGCAGGCAAAGAGGAUCGAGAGCUUCAUCGAGCAGACGCUGAGCACCAAAGAGCAAAAGCUGCAGUCAGCAGCAAGCAGGGCCAGGGAGCAGGUGCUGGCCCAGAUCAGCGCUGUGCGUGAAGCCCUGGAGGAGGAGGAGCAGCGUCUCCUUGAGGAGGUGCAGAGAGAAGAAGAGCGGGUGGAGCAGUGCCUCCUCACCCAGAGGGCCCACUGGAACCAUGCCUUGACGAGCCUGACGCAGACGCGCUCCCACCUGGUGCACACGCUGACGCACACUCCGGACGCGCAGUUGGCGACCAGCCUGCAGGAGAUUGCUGAAAGAGUGGAGAAGGCAGAGGGGGUCGGGGAGCCCCGUGACACUGAGCAGCUUAGCCUGAACUCAGCCUGCAGUGACAGCAAACUUCUGAGAGGCCUCUGGGCUACAGCGCUGCUGCUGGGGCCAAAAGCUUAUCGGUCACCACAUCUGAAGUUUGAUGAACGCACAGUUAGUCCUCUCCUCUCCCUCUCUGAGGAUUUCUGCACAUUGACUUUCCUCCACAAAAAAUCCCGCCAGCCUCUACCUUAUGACCCGGCACGCUUCGACUGUUGGCCCAACGCUCUGGGCUCGAUGUCUUUGUCCUCCGGAACCCACACUUGGGUGGUGGACGUGGGGCAGAGCGGGGCCUUUAAGGUCGGGGUCUGCUACGCCUCUCUGGAGCGGAAGGGCUCUGGGAAUGAGGCCCGGCUGGGUCACAACGGCCAGUCAUGGGUGCUGUCCCACUACGAUGGAGACUACUCCUACUGCCAUGCAGGAAAGAAGGUCCCCCUGCAGGUGGUGAAGAGGCCGCAGAAGAUCGGCUUGCUGCUGGACUGGCCGAGUCAGACGCUGCUAUUUUAUGAGCCGGACUCUAACGCUGUGCUGUACUCCGUUACACAGCAGUUCAACGCCCCCUUACUGCUAGCUUGUGCUGUUACUGAUGACAGCAUCACUAUUCUGCACGGAGCUGGGAGGGAAGAAAUGUCUAAUGUGAGAUAAGCAGAAAAGACUUGUGCAAUAAUGAAAACUCCAAAUAUUUCCAGUUUGUAUUUAUUUUUUUAAAGAUUUUUCUAAUAGUUUUUUAGGCUCAAAUUGUUAAAUAUGAUAAUCAUAUAACACAUGUUUACUAUAUAAUACCUUUCAAAAUUAUUGCUUUUUUAUAGAAAAUGAAGAAUCUAAUUGAAGAGUUCAAUGUGUGUAAAGCAGCUUGCAAAUAUUACAAACUAAAUUAUUAGAGAUGAUAGCAAUGAUUUGCAUGUUUUGGAAUAAACAUCAUUUUUAUCACUA